GGAAUCGCUCCGAAGCACACAAUUUUCCUAGCCCAGCAGAAAAUCCUCCAUAUCCUAUACCAAGACACCAGACGUGGGUCGCUUUGUAUUUCCGCUUCCCUCGCGAUCUCUCCUGUCGACUCCGCUACGAGUUCAGUUUUUGCGCCUCACGCCACGCCCCCGCCCCGCACAUCCUUAAGAGACCUUCCCCGAGGCGGGAAAAGGAAAGGUUUUGCUUGGCCGCGAGCAAACAUGUCCAGCGCAUCGACAAGCUCAGCUGCCGCUGCGUCUCUGCUGAAGCGGCAGCUGAAGCAGAUGCAAUCCGCCAAGGACCUCCCGGGCAUCUCGUGCGGGUUGGUGAACGACAACAACAUCUUUGAGUGGGAAGUCAUGUUGAUGAUCAGCGACGAUUGCAAGUAUUAUGGCGGAGGCAACUUCCGCGCGCAUCUCACCUUCCCUCCGACCUACCCGCUCAUGCCCCCUAAGAUGGUCUUCCAGGCGCCGAUCCCCUUCCACCCGAACAUCUACCCGAGCGGCGAGCUCUGCAUCAGCAUUCUGCACCCCCCCGAAGAGGACAAGUACGGCUACGAGUCGGCCAGCGAGCGCUGGAGCCCCGUGCAGACGCCCGAGACGAUCCUCCUGAGCGUCAUCAGCCUGUUUGAGGACCCGAACGACGAGAGCCCCGCCAAUGUCGAGGCGGCAAGGCUGCUGCGUGAGGAGCGGGAGGGAAAGAGCAAGGAGUUCAGGAGACAGUGCCGGAAGUGUGUGAGGGAGAGCUUGGGGGAGGAUUAAGCGCAUCUUGGCGGGUUGUGUUUGGAAAGAAGGCGGUAGAAGGGAGAUGGGGGAGA